CAGCCGGGAGACUGUGACAGACAGCGGCGGUGCAGACAACCGGAGGCUCCUGCUUCGUUUAAACACCGUGAAGAAGAAAAAGCAAACAGUUUGAAGGAUCUGUUUCCUCUUUCGGCGAGACAGUCAGGUGUCUGGAUGGACUGACAGAUUGCAUGCGGCGCAGUACAAAAGGAACAUCCGUCUCCAGACCAGACCCUCGGCCCCAGCCCGUCUCUCCAACACAAUGAACUCCUCACCCCACGUCUCCCGCGCCUCCAUCGACAUCCUGGAGGAACUCCAGCUGAUUGCUGCACAGAACCUGGAAAAACUGGACAUCAAUAAAUACUACGAGGUUGUCUGUGAGCUGGGAAAAGGCACCUAUGGAAAAGUGGACCUGGUCAUCCACAAAAUCAGAGGCACAAAAAUGGCCCUGAAGUUUCUGAGGAAGAAGACCACCAAGCUGAAGAGCUUUCUGAGAGAGUACAGCAUCUCCCUCUACCUGUCGCCCUGCCCCUUUAUAAUCAACAUGUACGGAAUCGCCUUUGAAACAGACGAGUACUAUAUCUUUGCUCAGGAGUAUGCUCUGGCAGGAGAUCUGUUUGACAUCAUCCCUCCACAGGUGGGUCUACCUGAGACAGUGGCCAAGCGCUGCGUCCACCAGGUGGCCAUCGCCCUGGACUACCUGCACUGUAAGAAGCUGGUCCACAGAGACAUCAAACCUGAGAACAUCCUUAUUUUUGACAAAGAGUGCCGGAAGGUCAAGCUGUCAGACUUUGGCAUGACGCGGCGAGCCGGCUCUCCCGUGAAGCGCGUCAGCGGCACAAUACCGUACACUGCGCCGGAGCUGUGUGACACCUCAAGACAUGAGGGCUUCUGCGUGGACUACAGCACAGACGUGUGGGCGUUUGGCGUGCUGCUUUUCUGCAUGCUGACGGGAAACUUCCCCUGGGAGAAGGCAAUGCCGAAUGAUGCUUUCUACGAGGAGUUUGUGCGCUGGCAGCGCCGCCGGACGGGCACGGUGCCGUCACAGUGGCGGCGCUUCACUGAUGAUGCUCUACGAAUGUUUCGUAGGCUCCUGUCCAUUGAGCAGGAGCGCCGCUGCUCCGUAAAAGAAGUCUUCAGCUACUUUAACCAGUGCUGGAUGUUGGACACGGAGAAUGGGAACAGCAGCAGUUUGGCGAGUGCUGCGCCUCCUCUGGACAUCAGCUCGUCCUCAUCCGAAGAGGACGUAUUAGUGGACAGACUGAAGCAGCACAGCUUGUCGCCUGCUUGUGUGGUGGCAAAGGGGGGCAUCAUGAUGGACACCCACUACUCCUCCAUGUCCACCAACAGUUCGCCAUCCUCCACAGGAAGUUAUGAGCGCACCAACAGGGAAAACAACGAAAGAGGGCGCAUCUUGGUGGCAACACCCAUCGAGAUUUGCGUGUAGAGGUGGUUUAUCCUGCGUUUCAGGCUGUCUGCUCACACGUGAAGCUGCUAUAGGCUGAGGAGGAAGAUUACUCCGACUGAGGAAGAGAAAGGAGGAAAGUGUGGCGACUGGUGCUUAGCGUCAGGAUCAACACUCUGACAUACGUUGUAGCUUCACUGCGGAUUUACUCAUUUCUGAUGAAGAGGAGCUCUGAGGAAAUGAGCGGAGAGACGAUCACAAGCCUCCUGUAUGUGGUUUAUACUUCAGAUCGUGAAAUGAACUCAGCGGAUGACCUGUAAAGAAAAGAAAAGCAAACAAAACAUAAGUAAUCUCAAGCAAUAUAUUCAGAAAAUUGGAAUAAUCCAGUCACUGCAAAAACAAUCCGCAGAAAA